CCGACGACCUGGUUAAUGUGUAACACGGUGGAGAAUCUGCACUGCGGCCAUCCCAUAAGAAGUGAAGUCAGUGCAAGAGAAUCCUCAGAGAAAAUUCGACAGAAGCCCAUCAUCCAAAGAAUUUACCCAUCUUCCAAGAGACCAAAGAUGCAAGAAACCCUGGGCCCCCUUCUCCUCAUAUCAUGGCUCACACUGGUGGCAGCAAACCGUGUGUACGUCCACCCGUUUUCUCUCUUUGCCUAUGACAACUUCAGCUGUGAGAUCAUCCAGGCCCAAGCUCAAAAACCACUGGCGAUGGUCAAACCGAUCCCCAUCGAUCCCCAAGACUUGACUGAGCCACCUACUCAUACCCACAAAGACGUGGAGGGCAGCAGAGAGAAGGUGACGCAACAGGUGACCGUUCUGGCUGAGCUUCAAAACACGCUGGGCCUACGUUUCUACAAUGCCCUGAUGCAGCAGAAACCUGCCAACGCCCUGUUCUCCCCAGUCAACGCCUUCGGUGCCCUCGUCGUUCUCUAUAUGGGCGCCUCCAAUACAACGGCUGAACACCUCCAGCAUCUCCUAGGGCUGGGUGACAAUAGGGAAAUGAAAGAUUGUGUCCCCCUCUUUGACGGCCACAAGGUGCUCCAUGCACAAUGGAACAUCAGCUCCUUGGUCGAUGCAAACACAGAUGAGCUCCGGACCCUAGUUUGGAAUUUUGUCAAUAACGGGGUGGACCUUUCGCAGGAGUUUGUGCGGGGCAUGCAAGACUUCUCAGAUGCUUCCUAUGUCCGGUCAGUAGACUUCUCUAAGUCCGAAGAAGCUGAGGCCCAGAUGAACUCCUUCAUCCAGAGGGCAUCAGCUGGAAAUAUGAAGCACCUCUUCAAGGCGAUCAGUCCAUCCACGGAAUUCUUGUUUGCUAGCGCCAUUCUCUUCAAGGGAAAGUGGAGGACAGCGAUCAAGUCAGAAGUAAUGACCCUGCAGAAGUUCUGGACCAGUGAGGAGACCAGUGUGAUGGUACCCUUCAUGAGCCACACUGGAAGCUACAAGUAUCUGAAUGACAAGGGGGGGAGAUGCACCAUCAUCCAGCUGCCUCUCAGCAAAGGCACAUACAUGUUGCUGGUGCUGCCCCAUGAGGGGACCAGCCUGGAACACAUAGAAGCAAAGCUCAACACUAACCUCAUCUCAAAGUGGAAAAAGCACCUCAACGAAGGGUUCCUGGAAGUAUCCCUCCCCAAGCUAUCAGUGAGCUUUGUGAGUGACCUGAAGGACAUCCUGUCCAACAUGAAACUCUCAUACCUACUAGGAGAGCAGGCUGACUUUGGUAGACUCAGCAGCAAGGAGAACCUCACACUUGACAAGGUGUUGAACAAUGUGGUGUUUGAAAUUUCUGAGGAAGGGGCUAAGGAUCAGACCGCCCCUGAAGAUGGCAGCGUGGCCCCGAAGUUCACAAUCAACAGACCCUUCUUCUUUACUGUGGUAGAGGGGAAUUCAGAUGCCAUCCUUCUGCUUGGAAGGAUAACCAACCCCACACAGUGAGGUUUUGGUUAAAUUAAAGACUUUGCCACAAGGUAAUAUCAAUGACUGGAAAACUUUGAUCAACCGCAACGUGUAUAGGUCAAUCUGGCUAUCAGUGAAAGACCCAUAUUCUGUAGUACUGAGAACCAAGGCUAAACCAGUGCUAAUUUUGAGCUCGAGCUCAAAUAUAACUCUCCGGUUCUACAAACAUCUUAAGAACUUAUAGCAAAUCACCCCAAACCAUGUAUAUUCUCUAUUCUACCCCAAAAGGGACAGCCGGUGGCAUAGUGGUUAGAACUACUGUCUUUGGAUCCAAAGGUCGUAGACUUGAUUUCCAUCUCC